AUGAGCCCCGGGGGCACCCAGGCUGCUUGCCCUGCCCCCUUCCCUUUCCUCUCUCCUUCCUUCUUCCAUCUAAAAAUGGGAGAGAAGAGUCAAGCUGCUGGAUUGGAGCUGCUUUCCUCCCCCCAUCCUCCUUCUUCCCUCCGCUCCAGCUGCAGCCUCACCCCAGCGGUCGGGAACGGGACCCAGCGGCCCGGCGGGGACGUCAUUAGGCACCUCACCUUCCCACUGCUGUCGGUCACCCUCUUGGUUUCCUUUGGCUCCUCCAUGCUCUAUGGCUACAACCUGGCUGUGGUGAACUCACCAGCAGUGCACAUAAAGGCAUUCUACAACACCACCUGGGCCCAGCGAUAUGGGCAUGGGCUGGCCCCUGGCCUUCUGACCCUCCUCUACUCCCUUACUGUCUCCAUCUUUGCCCUGGGAGGGCUGGUGGGCUCCUUGCUGGUGGGGGUGCUGGUGGACCGAUAUGGCAGGAAUGGCACACUGAGCCGCAGCACUUUGCUUGUCCUCCUGGCUGGUGGCUUGAUGGGCUUCAGUAGGAAGCUAGGAUCCCUUGAGAUGGUGAUCAUCGGCCGCUCCAUCACAGGGCUUCACUCAGGUAUCUGUCUCAGUGUGGUGCCCCUCUACCUGGGAGAAAUCGCCCCCAAGAAUCUGCGAGGUUUCCUGGGCCUUGUGCCCAGCAUCUUCAUCUGCCUGGGGGUUUUCUUUGCACAGGUCCUGGGCCUCCCAGAGCUGCUGGGCAAGGACAGAUUCUGGCCCCUUUUCCUGUCAAUAGUGGUCAUUCCUGCUUCCCUCCAGCUUCUACUGCUGCACUGCUUUCCUGAGAGCCCGCGGUACUUGCUGAUAGAGAGGAAUGAUAUUUCUGGGGCCACCAAGGCACUGCGCUGGUUCCUGGGGACACCUGAUGUGCAGGAUGUGAUCGAGGAGAUGAAGAAGGAGCAGCAAUCCCUCUCCUCUGUGAAGAUGGUCUCUGUCUGGCAGCUGCUGAGGGACCACUCCGUCCGCUGGCAAACCCUCUCAGUGGUAGUGGUGAAUGCUGGCAUGCAGCUCUCAGGGAUUGAUGCUAUCUGGUUUUACACCAACACCAUCUUUGAGAAUGCAGGCAUCCCUGUAUCCCAGAUCCCCUACGCCACUGUGGGCACCGGUGCCAUAGAAGUUGUUGCUGGGCUGAUUGGGUGCUUUACCAUUGAGAAGCUGGGCCGGCGGCCUCUCAUCAUCACUGGCUUCUGCACCAUGGGCAUCUGCUCGGCUGGCAUCACUGUCUCCCUGCUGCUGCAGAUCACUGUGCCCUGGAUGCGCUACGUUGCUGUCACCUGCGUGGUUGGCAUCAUUGCUGGCUUCUGCAUGGGACCAGCUGGUGUCCCCUUCCUGAUGACAGCUGAGCUCUUCACACAGUCACACCGUCCAGCCGCCUAUAUUGUGGGGGGAUCCCUCAACUGGCUCUGCAACUUCACUGUUGGCUUUAUCUUCCCCUUCUUGCAGAUGUCAACUGGUGCCUUUUGCUACCUGGUCUUCUGUGGCAUCUGCCUGCUGGUGGCUCUGUACAUCUACCUGAUCAUCCCCGAGACCAAGAACAAAACCUUCAUGGAGAUCAGCCACAUCUUUGCCACACGCUGCUCCUUCUUCUCCAUCCCAAAUCAGCUCACUGGGAUGAUGAAGCUCAAUGGCUAUGGGGCCUUGGAGAGCAGCUCCCUGGAGGGCUCGGGGUCCAGCCUGACUUGAUCUGGAUGGGAUGGUGAGGCAAGGAUGGUGG